AUGGCUGACAGCCAUGAUCCUGCAUCUCGUGGCCGCUCCCCCUCACCGACGCCCAAUUCCCAUAGCCCUUCCUCGUCCCGACCGAAACCUGAGCCGUCUCCCGCGUCGCGUCCCCCCCGCGUAAAUGGCAUUGCUCGCGCGGAUCACGACGAGACAGAAGACACAAAAAUGGCGACGCCUUCCCGCAAGGCCUCCGUGUUGCCCGCAGCCGCAAGCCCGCCUGCCAACCCGGUGCUGCCGUCAGAUGUAGAUUCGUCCCGCCAAAAAUCCGGGCGUCCCAAUGCCGAACCCGCUCAAAGCGCCUGGGAAAAGCCUGUCAAGCCUCGGCGCGCAGAGAACGUCGAUCCAUCCGGCACCCGUCGCGAUACCAACACUCGACGGCCGUCCGACCCCCAGCCGGCUACAGAAAGCGCUCCCGCAAGUACUCGGAAACAGACAAAUGGCACGAUCGGCUCCGUCUACUCGGGCAACAAAAUCAGGCAUCUGAAAAAGGAUGAUGGCAUUCCCCUUUGGCGAAAGGACAUCCAGUACGAGUUCUUGAGACUCGUCUUCGCAGACAAGACGCCGUGCUUCACUCGGUUUCCCGAGGGUGAUAAGAAUUUCACGUUUACGGAUAUCUAUCUUGAUGCGAUGGCGAAAAGCAGCAAGACAAGCAAGAUACUCAAGGAAAAACUGCAGACCGAAAAGUCCUCGGCAAUCAACAUGGCCAUGGUGUGCCUUCUUGUGAACUUUGGGAGGAUGAAUACAACCCUGAACUUCUUCCCGGAAAUGCGUGCCCAACUUCGAACCUACCACUCGAUCCCGUCCCUCCAAGCCCACCAAGACUCCAAUGCGUACAAGCAGCUGCAGGAUGCACCCCGUCUCAAAUCGAUCCUCAAAGGCGCCUCCGAAGACGUCGAGCAGCCGGGUACGGUGGAGAAAGUCAAGAGUCUUCCGGUCCCUCGCACGAACCCCGUCAAUCUCAUUUUCGUCUUGUCCCACUACGCUCCGAAGAUAUCGGAGCUCCACUUUCAGCCCCCGGGAGAUUUCUUCGACUUGGUGAUGCGACCAACGCUGAGUAGUAAAAGCCGUGCCAGGGCGUUUUUGUGGCUGAUGUGGUAUUACCUGGAAAGUGAUUUCUCUGAAAAGGCCGCCUUGGAGAACCCUUUCGGUCCCGGCACUGUUGGGGAAGGGAGCCAGGGUUUGCCGCUCAAAGUGCCUGGGCUAGAGGAACUCACAGAACAAGAGGCUGAAGCUGAGAACGUGGACUCACCGGAGGAAAUCCGGUAUGGUGAGGAGAAGCAACGGGAGCGAAAGCGGAUCUUGGAAGAGGACGAUGUUAUCUUCCGGCAUGCCAAGCGCCCGAAAAAAGGUGAUAACCCGCUACACUCGACCGACCCUUGUGUCCAUGUACGAGAUCGGAGCGCUGCCGGCGGGCGUCGUAGUGACGUUUAUGGGUCGGUUGCGGCCACGCCUCUGAACCCAGCCAAGCGAGCUCUUGAAGAUGAGGAUGUUGGUGAAAUGCAAACACCCCCCCAAACCUCUAGGCCACGUUCCAAGCGCCCUAAGAGAGAUUCUUCGGCCAAUCGACCGCCCGGCAGCCAACCGCAGCGCUUGGUCCUCAAGACCAGGAUGGAGCAGACUCCCGACACCUCUUCCCCUGCUCCCCCUGGCGCUGCACAUCCAAUCCUAAGUCAAUAUGUCUCCGGCAAUUCCGUUUCCGGCGGCCAGAGUGGAUCUCGCCGACCACGCCCAAUGACUCAGCAUCAGAUCGCCCUUGAAUUGAACCGAAAGCAACGCGUUGAUUAUGCAUUGGCUCAACGUCGAAUGGAAACAUGGGACGCUCUCCGUGUGCGCCGAGAAAAGGAAGUCCCGUUUGCCCGUGCGGGACGCUUACUUCAAAGCUUGCCGACCAGCUAUGACACGGAAGACGAGAAAUCUUGGGGCAAGGGUGGCAUUUGUCCCAACCCAGAAGAAGAAGAGGAUUAUGGAGAAACUGCUAGCUUCUACUUCUCCGUGAUUAGAAAAGUUGCGCGGCGACUGCAACGAUGGGAUUGGGAUUCGGUUCUGUCUGACGAUAAAGAUUAUCCGGUUAAUGGCUUGGGAGCUAAUUACAAUCGACCUCCGGUUGAGGAGCAUCAUGAGUUGGAGAUGGUUAGUCAUGCGACAUCCAGUUUCCAUAAGCCGAAGAGCCGGUCAGCGGCCAGGAGAGAAAGGAAGAUGAUUGAGGAUGCGCCCGAGGAGCAUGAGCAGACAAAGAAGCUCUCAAGCCGUGGUGGCACAGGCCAGAAGAAAUCCACUGCGACUGGUAGUAAGCGAAGAUCGCGACCAUCGAAGGGCACUUCCAAACCUCACGCCGAUGCUCCCGAACAAGCUGAAAUGCCCGAUGACUCUGUGCUGCAUGGCGACCGUGGCGCUGGUCGCGGCGAUGGCCCCAUGGACACAAUUGACCAAGAGCUGCUUGGUGAGAGCAGCCUCCCUGACACCCGAAGCCGCCAGGAUGACACGAGCAGCAUUGGUCUUGGACCCGAAGUCGUGCAGGGCGACGGUGAUGAUACCGAAGAGCUCUCUGACGUGGAUAUGGAGCUGUCCAAGCUCGGUGAGAAUGAAUACUCCCGAGGCGACAGUUUGUCUCCGGACAACGACGUGGAGGCCAGCCAGCUGGACGAUGACGAGACUGUGCUUGAAGUUUGA